AUGUCUUCCAAGCCUGCAGAACUCACCUUCCCCAAGGAUCUAGACUCUACGUCUGAUCUCACACAGGAGGCGGACUCUACAUUUGAUUUCACUGGGAAGCAGCUGAUAGAAGGACGCACGUCGAACAGCAGCGAGUGGUCCAGCGCCAACUCCCGUCCUUCAGAAUCUGAGAAGACGCCCGCGGACAACGACGAUAACGUUUAUCCCUCGAAAGGCAAGGCCAUCGUCAUCGUCAUAGCUCUGAACCUCUCGGUGCUGCUGCUGGCUCUAGAUCAGACCAUCCUCGCCCCUGCCCUAGGCACCAUCACCAGCGAGUUUGGAACCGUAAAGGAUAUCGGUUGGUACGGAGCCGCCUAUCUCGUCACCAGCUGCGCCCUCACUCUUCUGUACGGCCGACUGUACACCAUCUUCAACAUCAAAUGGACCUUCCUGUCCAGCAUUCUCAUUUUUGAGCUCGGCUCCAUGAUCUGCGCCCUCGCACCCACUUCCAGCAUCUUCAUCUUGGGUCGAGCCGUCGCCGGCGCGGGAUGUGGCGGCCUGUACUCGGGCACCGUGAUCAUCACGGGCUUCACUUUGGCGCUGCACCACAGGCCGGUGGCGUUUGGUAUCACCGGCGCCAUCUUUGGUAUCGCGUGCGUUGCUGGGCCUUUGCUGGGCGGUCUCUUUACUGACCACUUAAACUGGCGCUGGUGUUUCUGGAUCAACAUCCCGAUUGGUGCCCUUACCGUUCUCCCCGUCGUCUUCUUUGUCACUAUAAACCGCGACAACAACCCUCAGCGCAAGAGGCUCAUCGACCGGGUCAGGGAGAUUGACAUGUACGGCAUCGCCGCUCUCUUCCCGACCAUGGUGUGCUUCAUCCUAGCCAUUCAGUGGGGAGGAACCCAGUUUGCCUGGAACAGCGCCGAGGUCAUUGGGCUCUUUGUCGCCACCGCCGUGCUGGGCGCAACCUUUGUCUGGGUCGAAAUUCGCACGGGAGAUGGCGGGAUGCUGCCACCGAGGCUUUUUAAGAACCGAGAUGUCGUGCUUGCCUUUGCAUUCUCCGCGGCUUUCUCCGCAGGUUUCACGCCUUUGACCGUUUACACUUCCAUUUACUUCCAAGCAAUCUUUGGCGAUAGAGCCGUCGACGCCGGCCUCAAGCUGCUCCCGGUGCUAAUCUCCUCUGUGAUCUCCAGCAUCGUGUCCGGAGGAGCCACGAGUGCCAUAGGGUACUACAACCCCAUCGCGCUCAUCGGCAUGAUCCUUUUCUCCAUCGGCGCAGGCCUCACCACCACCUGGAGCCUGACCACCCCUAUGGCGGCCUGGUUCGGAUUCCAGGUCAUCGCGGGCCUGGGGACGGGCAUGGGGUUUCAGAUCGCCGUGCUCGUCAUUCAGAACGUCCUACCCGAGGAAUGGAUCCCCGUCGGCACCUCGGCCGUGCAGUUCUUCCAGAACCUGGGGGGCGCCAUCUCCAGCGCCAUCGCACAGAGCGCCUUCCAGAACGGCCUCGUCACCUCGGCCGCCAGCAGCGCGCCGUUUCUCCCGUCGACCCUGCUGCUGGACACGGGCGCCUCCAACAUCCGCCAGACCCUGGGGAACCUUACGGCAUCAGCGGAUUUUGGGCCCCUGAUUGCCAACGCCGGCGGAUUCGGGAAGGUGUAUGAUGAUUUGCGUUUUGCUUACUUGACUGGGUUGAAAAACACCUUCUAUGUCGCUGUUGCUUGCGCUGUUGCUGGCUUUUGCAUCGCGUGCGGAUUCCGCUGGAUCAAUAUGAAGGGCAGGCCUACAGAUCCUUCGCCCGAAGACGGCCAAGUUGUGGUGCUGGCUGAAAGGGAAAAGGAGAAGUCUGCGACAGAGGAAGCCAAUGCCAAGAGGUGA